GGGUGUUGGAAAAACAUCCCCACAGUGACAGCGUGGGGAUCCAUUUUCCAGUUCGGGAGGGUCGAAAGUUGGACGAAGUGAAGGAUUUUCCCGAGCCUGAGCGGCUGAGCGUUGGAACGGGUCUCCAAAUGCUUUCGGAGAGCGAGGAGAGGAAUCACUUGAGUACGGAGAAUAGGGAAAAUGGCGUUCCCGCUCUUCUCCACACCUCAGCAACAGCAACAACAACCUCAGAUCUUCUUCACACCUCAGCAACAGCAACAACAACCUCAGCAGUUAUUCCAACAGCAAGCUCAACAACAACAGCGGCUUCAGCUUCAGCUGGGUAGUCCAUUUCUUCAACAGCAGCAGCAGCAGCAACAGCAACAGCAACAGCAACAGCAACAACAUCUGCAACAGCAGCAGCUGUAUCUAAUCACCAAUAAUAGAGCUCCUGCGAACUUCAGCACCAAAUGGGCUGAUCUUCAUCCGGAUUCCCAGAAAUUUCUCCUCCAGAUCGAGGAUCGAAUAUUGGUGUAUAGGGACGAAAGCCAGAGGCUGGAUCAGUGCAGCCGCCUAUAUGACUCUUCGAUUACAACUGAUGGAUUUGAGCUUGAUGUUAGUCAUUUAAUGCAGGAGCUAGGGGGAAUGAAUAUUGCAAUGGAAAGAGAGAAAGCUCUUCUGCAAGAGCUGAUGGCUGUUGUGAAAGGCAUGAUAAGAAACACAGAGUUUGCAGUUCGUUCGUUUAUGAUGCUCCAGCCUAGGUUCCUUCACUCGAACGUGGGAGCUGGGUCAAAUGUUACUGCUCCAGGAGGAGCAACAGUUCCAAAUUCAACUAGUCAACCAAUGUCUACCUCUAUGGCACCAUUUGUAGAUUUCUACAGUGGGCUUCCAAGGAAACCAUCUCUGUUUUUUCAGGACACAGUUUCCAGAUUUGAGAAGUAUCUUGGUGAGUGCCAUCAAUGGAUUGAGGAAUUUGAACAGCUGCUCCUCUCAGGUGCUGAUGGGAAUCCUUCCAGCUCCGACAUAUCUUUAUUGCAGUCUCUACCCAAAGUUAUGUCCAAUGUGCAUUAUUUCUUUGUUCAUGUGGCUGCCAAGGUGGAGAACCUUCAUCAGCACAUUGGGUCUAUGAAAACGGCUUAUCUUGCUGACCAGCAGCGCCCCUGUGAUGGCAAUGAUCCGUUUCUUGAGGCUGACCGGCGAGAAACAGCCAAACUAGAAGCUGCUGCUAGGAGAGUUCAUCCAACGUUGCACUUGCCUGUUGUUACACAAUCAUCUUCUCCAGUUGCAGGUUUGCUUGCAAGAUCUGGAAUGCCUGGGGCACCAAUUGCCCUACAACCAUCUGCUGGGACAUCAGCUUCUUCUGGUGGUGGAUUCUUACUUAGUACACCAUUUUCUGCUCCACCUGCUACUGCAUCUGGAUCUUUACUGUUUUCCACUCCGUCAGCAUAUGCUCCUGCAUCAUCUCUGUUUGGGGCUUCUGGUGCUACACCCCCAUCAUUAAUUUUUGGGUCUGCAUCAGGAUCCUUAUUUGGGUCCACCCCAACUCCUUCAUUGUUUGGUUCUCCCACUCUUGCUGGAAGUUCCGUCUUUGCAACACCAUCCUUUGCUUCAGGUCCUGCAACAGGAUCUGGUUUAAGCUUCGGGACUGCAUCUAAAUCCUCAAGGCCGAAAUCCCGCACUCUGCGCCGCUAGCUGUGACUCAGAUUUGUCAAAACCAGAUGCAGCCCAAAGUGGAGGCAGAGUUUCAUCUGUGCUAUAGAAAAGAGGUGCUCUUAUCAUAGCAACCAUGAUCACUUUUAUCAAUUUUAGUAGCACAGCUCUAGUCAUCACUUUAAGGUGAUCGUCUUUCCAAAUUUGGUUUUUGUCUCCAACAGCUCAAUUUAAUUCUUGAUUAGCCUCAAUCACUCUAGUGUAACAACAUACAUUCCCAAUCCAUUUUUCUGAUUGGAUGUACAAUGCUUGAAGAACCAUGUUGAUGUAAAGCUUUAGGUUAGAAAUUGAGUGUACUAUUCAGAAUACAGAAAUAUAACAAACCCUUUGGUCUACUGGUCUAA